AUGGAAGACCUAGAGGAAACAUUGUUGGAAGAAUUUGAGAACUACUCCUAUUCCUGGGACUACGCCUCCCCAGCGUCUCCUCUGGAAGAGAAAGCCCCCCUGGACGUGGUUCACUGGGUCUCCCUGGCGUUGUACUGUUUGGCAUUUGCUCUGGGCAUCCCGGGAAAUGCCACUGUCAUUUGGUUCACGGGUUUCAAGUGGAAGAAGACCGUCACCACUUUCUGGUUCCUCAACCUGGCUGUUGCGGAUUUCAUUUUUCUUCUCUUCCUGCCCCUCUAUAUCUCCUACGUGGCCAUGAACUUCCACUGGCCCUUUGGCCUCUGGCUGUGCAAGGCCAAUUCCUUCAUCGCCCAGCUGAACAUGUUUGCCAGUGUUUUCUUCCUGAUGGUGAUCAGCCUGGACCGCUACAUCCAGCUGGUCCAUCCUGUCGUGGCUCAUCGGCACCGAACGCUGAAGAACUCCCAGGUUGUUACUGUGUUCAUCUGGCUUUCAGCUUCUCUCAUCGGUGGCCCUUCCCUGUACUUCCGGGAGACGGUGGAGGUGAAUAACCACACUCUGUGCUAUCACAACUUCCACGAGCAUGAUUAUGACCUCGCCUUGAUGAGGCACCAUGUGCUGACCUGGGUGAAGUUUGUGAACGGGUACCUUACCCCUUUGCUUACAAUGAGCGUUUGCUAUUUGUGUCUCAUCUUAAAGGUGAAGAAGCAAAGCAUCCUGGUCUCUAAUAGGUAUUCCUUGACCAUCCUAGUUUUGGUCCUGGCCUUUUUGAUUUGCUGGACUCCUUACCACAUAUUUAGCAUUUGGGAGCUCAUGGUUCACCACGGUAGCUAUUUCCACCAGGUGCUGCGGGCUGGCCUCCCCCUCUCCACCGCUUUGGCAUUCCUCAAUAGCUGCUUGAAUCCCAUCCUUUAUGUUCUAAUUAGUAAGAAGUUCCAAGCGCGCUUUCGAGCCUCGGUUGCUGAGAUACUGAAGUACACGCUGUGGGAAGUCAGCUGCUCUGGCACGGUGGGCGAGCAGCUUAGGGGCUCUGAAACCAGGAACUCGGGUCUCCAGGAAACAACAGCUCAGUGAAAUCCUUCUCUCCCACAAAUCAGUGUAAGGCUUUCGUGUGGGUCCCCUGACAGAUGCUUUCAGGUUAUUUGGUUCCAAGAUACAGAGCUGACCAUAGCUUUUUGUUGUUUUGGGUCAGUUUAUCACAUUUUUGUGUGGAUAUAAAAUGUAGGAAAGAUCUCAGUUUUUUCACCUGCAACUUAUAUUAUGUGUCAUUCUUGCUAAUUAUACCAUAGUGGAUUAAUCACCGCUGUGGAGGCGAGAUCAGUUAUUAUUUUAAAAAUCUUAAUAACUUUCUCUAAGUCCUAAAUCUUAAUAUUAAAUAUGUGAUCACCUCGUUUGAAAAAUGGAAAAUUAAGUUUGCUUAAGUUCACUUUAACCUCUUAGACAGAUUCUUCAAAUGCAGCGUGGACUUCUUUAUU